AUGUCAACCCACCGACCGAAUCUCCGGCGAGUACUCUCCGACACGUGGCGACUAAUCACCGCCCAGCCCCGCCACUUCUCCACCCUUUCGAUCCUCUUCCUCCUCCCGAACUACUCUCUCUCCGCCAUAACCUACACUUUCCUUUCCCUUCACCCCACCUCACAUCUUCUCUCCGGCCGAAUCACGAUCCCGAUUCUUUACGCCGUUUUCGUUCUCGUUUUCGGGAUUUGCGCCAAGGCUUCCAUCACACACAGCACGUUCCGUGGAUUCUACGGCAAACCCGGCGUACUUAUCUCCUCUCUCGAUUCGAUUCGGGUUUCGUUUCUCCCGCUUCUCGCCACGCAUUUAACCGCCAAGAUAACCCAGGGUUUGAUUGUUUUAGGGUUUGGUAAUUCCGUGCGGUUGACGUACGAAGGUCUUCGUUUAUUAUCCGGGCAGCCGUUAGAAAUACAUCGUGUAUAUUUUCUCGUUCUUGUAUUUGUAACAGUCCUGAAUCUCCUGAUCGCCGCCUUCCUAGCUGCGGCGAUGAUUUACUUUAUUUUCCGGUGGUACGUGGCAACUCCGGUGGUGGUUGCGGAGUCGCAGUGGGGUUUUCCACCGCUGAAGAGGAGCGGGUUUUUGGUGCAUGAGGCUAAAAGGGUCGUGUUUUCGAUGAUGUUCUUCUUCGGGAUUCUGUUCGGGGUUUCUUGGAUCUGGUGUUGGAAUCUGGUGGCGAUUGUAAGAAGAAAUAGUACUGUAAGAUGGGAAUACUUUGUUGUGCAGAUGAUUUUUUGUGUUGGGUUUUGGACGAUUUUGUCCCUGUAUAGUAUGGCUGCAACCACCGUGUUGUUCAUCCACUGCAAAGCUGCUUUGCAUGGCGGCGUAGAAAUGGUGACGGCGUUUCAGAUUGAUCUCGAAGAUGAUGGUGGUGAUGACGUGGACGAGGAGGAGGAGCUUGGUCGGAAAAUAUAUGUCCGGUUGCCUUUUCAUUAAUUAUUUUUAAUUUCAUAAU